ACGGCGCGGGCACUCCUCGUCGGGUCGGAUCGAGUCGAGUCGAGUCGUAGGAACUGAAUCCAAUUUCAUCCUGUAUUCUCCUCCCAUCACACCUCUCCCCAAUCAACCACCAAUAGAACCAAUUCCCCCACAACACAUUCUCAAAACAACAACAACAACAACAACAACAACAGAAAUGUUCGCCCGCACCGCCCUCCGCGCCACGGCGUCGGCGUCACCCAUCGCCCGUGUCUCGGCCUCGGCGGCCCCUGUCGCCGCCGCCAGCCGCUUCUUCUCCUCCUCGCCCGCCCGCCUCGUCAAGAUCGGCGAGCUCCUGCCCGAAGGCGAGCUCCUCCAGGAAGGCUCUCCCGGCAACAAGGUCGACCUGCGCAAGGAGGCCGAGUCGGCCCGCAACAUGCUGAUUAUCGGUGUCCCCGCCGCGUUCAGCCCGGCGUGCAGCGCGAGCCAUAUCCCGAGCUAUAUCCAGCAUCCCAAGACGCAGGAGUUUGAUGUCAAGGCGGUGGUGUCGGUUAAUGAUGCUUUUGUCAUGAAGGCAUGGAAGGAGAACCUCGACCCCGCCGGCGAGUCUGGUAUCCGUUUCCUCGCCGACCCCUCGGGAUCCUUCACCAAGGCGCUCGACCUUACCUUCGACAGCAAGGCCAUCUUUGGCAACGACCGUUCCAAGCGCUAUGCCAUGAUUGUCGAGGACGGCAAGGUCACCAAGAUUGCUGUCGAGCCGGAUAACACUGGUACCGCUGUGUCGUUGGCCGACAAGGUCUUGGGUUAGACUUGAAGGAGAUACAUGAUGAUGAUGGGGAGUGGUGGAGUUCAAAAGUUCCAUAUAUAUAAAGAAUAUGAGUAAUCAACUACGUCGGGAUGCACAGCUGUAAAAGAGACAUGCUGAAAGAAUCGCCAGACCCGUCUUCUACAACAACACCCUGUGAGAUUUAACUGCCCAAUGCAGAAUAAAAAACAUUUUGAUGCCUUCCAAAACCUGAUUAGACGGUAUAUACAAUUCCUGGCCCCGU